UUCUCGGGUUUAAACAAAAAAAAUAAAAUUGUUUAACUAUUUGGCAAAGCCUUAGUGAAAAAAUGUUUGCCUGAAAAGUGCACAAAGAUUGCACUUAAAUCUAGAUCUCCCAUAAAUAAACUGGAUUAAACUCAUUAUCGUUUUAAAAGUCAAUCGCCAGAAUGACAACGUCAAUGCAGCCGAGCAAGUAUACGGGCCUGGUGGCCGAUCUGAUGCCCAAUAUAAAGGCCAUGAAGUACUCGGGCCUGUUCAUGCACAACUUCACAGGAGGCAGUGCCUUUGUUAAGAAGGUGUACUCCUCGGUGCACCUCGUCCUGCUCCUCCUGCAGUUCGUCUUCAUCCUUGUCAACAUGGCCCUCAAUGCCGAGGAGGUGAACGAGCUGUCGGGUAACACGAUAACCACCUUGUUCUUCACCCACUGCAUCACCAAGUUCAUCUACCUGGCUGUCAAUCAGAAGAACUUUUACAGGACCCUGAAUAUAUGGAAUCAAGUAAACACGCAUCCCUUGUUCGCCGAAUCGGAUGCUCGAUAUCAUUCAAUUGCUUUGGCCAAGAUGCGAAAGUUGUUUUUUUUGGUGAUGCUAACCACUGUGGCUUCGGCCACUGCCUGGACCACGAUCACCUUCUUCGGAGACAGCGUCAAGAUGGUGGUGGAUCACGAGACAAACUCCAGUGUUCCUGUGGAGAUACCUCGACUGCCAAUUAAGUCGUUUUACCCAUGGAAUGCCGGCCAUGGCAUAUUCUACAUGAUCAGCUUUGCCUUUCAAAUCUACUACAUCCUCUUCUCAAUGAUCCACUCCAAUCUGUGCGAUGUUAUGUUUUGCUCCUGGUUGAUAUUCGCCUGCGAACAGCUGCAGCAUCUCAAAGGCAUCAUGAAGCCACUGAUGGAGCUAUCCGCCUCCUUGGAUACCUACAGACCCAACUCAGCGGCGCUUUUUAGGUCACUUUCGGCCAACUCUAAGUCGGAACUUAUACACAAUGAAGAAAAGGAUCCUGGUGCUGAUAUGGACAUGUCGGGAGUGUACAGCUCAAAAGCGGAUUGGGGCGCCCAGUUUCGAGCACCCUCGACGCUGCAGUCCUUCGGCGGGAACGGGGGCAUAGUGAACGGAGCUAAUCCCAACGGGCUGACCAAAAAACAGGAGAUGAUGGUGCGCAGCGCCAUCAAGUACUGGGUGGAGCGGCACAAGCACGUCGUGCGCCUGGUUGCUGCCAUUGGCGAUACCUACGGAGCUGCUCUACUGCUGCACAUGUUGACCUCAACAAUCAAGCUGACCCUGUUAGCCUACCAAGCUACCAAAAUCACUGGAGUGAAUGUCUACGCCUUCACGGUUAUUGGAUACCUGGGCUAUGCCCUGGCUCAGGUGUUUCACUUUUGUAUUUUCGGCAAUCGUCUGAUUGAAGAGAGCUCAUCUGUCAUGGAGGCUGCUUACUCCUGCCAUUGGUACGAUGGCUCCGAGGAGGCCAAAACCUUUGUCCAGAUCGUUUGCCAGCAAUGCCAGAAGGCCAUGAGCAUAUCGGGUGCAAAGUUUUUCACCGUCUCCCUGGAUUUGUUUGCCUCGGUUCUCGGUGCAGUUGUCACCUACUUCAUGGUGCUGGUGCAGCUCAAGUAAGCUGUCGCCAGAGUUGAAAAAUUGUGUGUGCCAGGAGGAAAGCGAUUGCCAAGGACCCAGAGUGCUAAACCGACCCAUCCAACCCCGUUAUAGUGCCCAUUACCUCCCCACCACACUUCUCUGCAAUCAGCAAUAUUAUAGAGCAAUUAUAACGCAAAUUAUAUAUUUUAUACCGACGCUGAGGAACCUGUGGGACAUCAUGGAAACAUACUGGGGCAAAUAGAAGCCAGCAAAUAUUUAUCGAUUUUGUACACGUGUAGAGCUUUCAAUGUAAACUCAAAAUGCUAACAAAAUAAAUGUGU